AUGCGUACUGUUGAUGAUUAUCCCGGGGCGGAAGAGCGACUGCUUGUUGACGAUGAUGAAAAGCCCAAGAAUGCUAGGAAUGCUCGCUCUUGGAAGACAAGACAUCUCCCCAUCGUUUUUACAUUUCUCUGCACAUCCCUAUUUUGGCUGCUCGCCUUCUGGUUGCAACCCCACUUCACAUCUCAGAACAGUAUCUCGACCACAACUCUCAACUGCGGUAAUUCGACCGCUGAAGCCAGAGCGCUUGGCUGUGUGUACGAUCCGUUAUCGGUUGUAUGGAUUCCAGAACCAUGUUUCGACAAGGAGAUCACGGAGGCGUAUCAAGAAGCAGCCGAUUGGGUCGGGUCCAACGACUGGCAGGGCAAAGAAAUGCUGGAUCUAGAUGCAAUGUCGGAAAGAGUUGCGCCACUUGGGUACUUUACAAGUAUCAGAGACCACGUCGUUCACUGUGCUUAUGCGUGGCUGAGGCAGCACAGAGGCUACUUACGUGGUGGGUUGUAUUUGGACGACGACAGCCUGGAGUUCUCACACACGCAACACUGUGCUGAGGUGCUCGUCCGCGCUCUUGAUCUCGAUGUCGAUGCUCUCGAACAACGAACUACCAAGGCAUUUGUUGGGUUUUCUUCGUGUGAAGUUGAGACGGGAUUGACCCCGUUGGCCCGGGAUCGAACCGCAUCCGCUGAUGGAUAUAGGUAG